UUGCCAUGGAGACAGCUGGACACAGACAGGGUAGAGGCAGGCCCACAGCAUGUCCUCCAAAGUUUACUCCACAGGGUCUGCCAUCUUAGCCUCUCAUUCCUCUGUAGGCUCCAGAGCCAAGGACCACCAGCCCUCGGGUGUGGAGUGUCUGCCACUCCCAGAGGCCAAUGCUGAAGCCAUCAACUUCCUCAGCUCCCUCCACGAGGAGGAGCUACAGAUGCUGUUCUUCUCUGAGACGCUGGCCAUGGUCUCAGACACUGGGGAGCCUCAGGGAGAACUGACCAUUGAGGUGCAGAGAGGGAAAUACCAGGAAAAACUCGGCGUGCUGACAUACUGCCUCUUCGUGCAUGCCUUUAGCCGAGGCUUCUUGGACAAAAUGCUCUGCGGAAAUUCCCUCCUGGGCUAUCUCUCAGAGAAGCUGGAGCUCGUGGAACAGCACAGCCAAGACUUCAUCAAGUUCCUCAUCCUCCCCAUGGAACGGAAGACAAGUUUGCUGAAGCAGGAUGAUCAGCUGGCUGUGACCAGAAGUAUCAAGGAGGGUGAGGAAGUGAAGACUGGAGUGACUUCUUUCCCCUGGAGCUCAAUCAAGGGCUUCAUCUCAGAGGCUGCCAACCUGGUGCUGCUCAGGGUGAUGGCCUGGCGGCGGAUGGUGCCCAGCAAUGCCCGCUUCCUGACCUUGGACACCGAGGGCAAACUCUGCUAUUUGACUUAUCAAGACCUGGGCUUCCAGACUAUCCAGGUAGACCAUCAGCAAGCUGAAGUCUUCAUCGUGGAGCAGACUGUCCACUCGGAGGAGGGCAUCCCCAUGUCCUGCCAGUACUACCUGCUCUCCGAUGGGCACCUGGCCAAGAGAAUACAGGUGGGCUCCCCAGGGUGCUGCAUCAUCACCAAGAUGCCUAUCUUGAGGGAAGAGGAUGAGACUGAGCCACGCCCAGUGUUUGAGAAGAAGCCCCUGGUAUGGGAGGAGGAUAUGGAGCUCUAUUCGAAGUUCCUGGACCGGAAGGAGGAGCUCCGGCUCGGCCACGCCAGCUAUCUGCGGCAGCACCCCGAAGCCCACGCGCUCAUCUCCGACUUCCUGCUUUUCCUGCUGCUGCGCCAGCCGGAGGACGUGGUCACUUUCGCCGCCGAGUUCUUCGGCCCCUUCGACCCACGGCGUCCGUCGUCACCGUCCUUGGGCUCCUCCCACCGGCCCAACCCUUUCCGCUCCCUGGAGCCGGAGGGAGACGCCCGCUCCGGGGCGGCCUAAGCGGGGCCCAGGCCGGAACAGGGCAGGAAACCAGGGGUCGGGCUGGGAAGCGGGCGGGACGCGCCGGGGCGGGUGCGCUUUCCGGGCUGCGGUUUUGGGGAAAUAAACGGGGCCCUCCCGCGGCUCUGCAGCGCCCGCCGACAGCU